AAACGUUCAACCCGCAAUUUUACUCCUUCCGUCAGUUCCCUCUUAUUGGUUAAUCAUUCUCCUACCAUUUGUCCACCUCUUUCCCUCAUUCUUCUUCUUCCUCUACAACAUUCUUGGCCUUUUUCCCUCUUGCCCGCCCCUCUCGACUCCACUCCCCCUCUCCCCUCCCCAAAACGGCCCUUCUUGACCUUUACAACCUUCAAACCCCCUCCCCUCCCAUCUUCUCGUGAUGUCACAAAGUCGGCCCGGGCUGUUCCCGAGCUUGCGCAUGGGUGAGGUCAUCAAGGAGAAGGUCCAGGAUGGACUGACCGGUGAAGCCAAAGAGAUCUCCUACACACAGUGUAAGAUUGUCGGCAAUGGCUCCUUCGGCGUCGUGUUCCAGACCAAGAUGGCUCCCAGCGGCGAAGAUGCUGCCAUCAAGAGAGUCCUCCAGGAUAAGCGCUUCAAGAACCGUGAGCUGCAGAUUAUGCGGAUUGUGCGCCACCCCAACAUCGUCGAACUCAAGGCCUUCUACUACUCCAACGGCGACAGGAAAGAUGAAGUCUACCUCAACCUUGUCCUCGAGUAUGUCCCAGAGACCGUCUACCGCGCAUCGCGUUACUUCAACAAGCUCAAGUCUACGAUGCCCAUGCUGGAGGUGAAGCUGUACAUCUACCAACUGUUCCGGUCGCUGGCAUACAUCCACUCCCAGGGUAUCUGCCAUCGUGACAUUAAGCCCCAAAACUUGCUUCUGGAUCCCAACACUGGUAUCCUCAAGCUUUGCGAUUUCGGUUCCGCCAAGAUUCUGAUCGAGAAUGAGCCUAACGUUUCUUACAUUUGCUCUCGCUACUACCGGGCGCCUGAGUUGAUCUUUGGUGCAACCAACUACACAACAAAGAUCGAUGUCUGGUCGACUGGUUGUGUGAUGGCAGAGUUGAUGCUGGGGCAACCCCUCUUCCCUGGUGAAUCAGGCAUUGACCAGCUCGUGGAAAUCAUCAAGGUCUUGGGCACACCCACCCGGGAACAGAUCCGCACCAUGAACCCCAAUUAUAUGGAGCACAAGUUCCCUCAGAUCAAACCUCAUCCCUUCAACAAGGUUUUCCGAAAGGCACCCCCGGAGGCUAUCGACCUCAUCUCUGCCCUUCUGGAAUACACUCCGACGCAACGGUUGUCGGCGGUUGAGGCUAUGUGCCACCCCUUCUUCGAUGAGCUCCGCGACCCGAACACCCGGCUACCGGAUUCCCGCCACCACAACAACCCCUCCAAGGACCUGCCCGCACUGUUCGACUUCUCACGACAUGAACUUUCCAUUGCCCCUGAACUCAACAACCAGCUGAUUCCCCCUCACGCUCGCCCAGCACUCGAGGCUCGCGGCCUCGGUCUCGACACUUUCAAACCCCUUGCCAAGGAGGAAAUGAUCGCACACCUCGACUGAGAUAACCGUUGUGUGCCCUCCGCGAGGGAUACAUCCAUUGUGCCGCCAUCUGCAUUGUGCAUGGGAAGAUGACCUGUCCAUCAAAUUCCAUCGUGUCUCGAGUGGGCCCUGAAUUGAGUGUACUGCCUAAGCUUGCCUAGGUUUGUUCACCUCAACCUCGGUAGACGUGGUGGAACUUGGGCAAAUAUGUAGUGUGGAAAUGUGGUAAAAGUGCAUCCUUUAAUGGGGAAACUAUGUUUCUUUGGGGUGGUAAGGGGGGCUGAUGGUUUUCACGCAAUGGGAGGUCAUGGCCUGGAGUUUUAUUUUGAGGUGUCUGAGACAGCUCUCGGGAGGAAAAAGUGAUACCCUUUCUGUGCAUGUCUGCCUUUGUGAAAUCGGAGACUGCACAGUUUCAUCGGUCGAGGGAGAAGAACCCCCAGACGCAGCAAGCCAGCCGAUAUCUCGACCCAGGGGAGAAUCUCCCACAAAUGCAUCAGAGAUCUUGAGGAUUUCUUUGGAUACACAGUUCUCAGGGAGGACCCUUCUCUGUUAUGGUCAAAUAUUUCGACUUGCAGCGCUAGAAACCCCGUUCGUUCUUCCCUUUGUGUCCUUGCAGUUGACCUUUUUUUCUUUUUUUUUUUUUUUUUU